AUAUCCCCCCAUGCUAUUCCUUCAAUCAUCAUUAAUAUCACAAUCCCAAAACACACACAGCACACACUCACAACUCAUUUGUCUACAAAGAAAGGAAAAACCAUUUGAAAACUACUACUCAACAUAGGUGUUAGAAGAUGAAGAUCCCUUCUCUGUUCAAGAACAAAGAACCAAGGCCUCCAUGGCAAUGGCCCUUGUGCAAGCACCCCAACACUCACUCUUUUCGAGCCGGGGAUGGCGUGCUCAAGGCCAUGGACUCCGCCUUCUUCAACCCCUCUGAUGAGGUUGAAACACCGGGGUCUUGGUUUACAAAGUCGUCGGACACUGCUAGCUUCACAACUGAUCAUGAUCAAUCAGAGGACUUUGGAGGGGAGUCAUUGGAGGUGAUCAUACGCGGCGUGCAAUCAGAGAGGCUGUUUUUCGAGCCUGGUGACACUAGUUCCAUCUUGGAGGAGGCGAAAACCGAAGGGUUUCCAUUUAAGGAGAGCCUGCUGGUGGCAGUGGACUCAGAUGACCCUUAUGUGGAUUUCAGGAGGUCCAUGGAGGAGAUGGUGGAGAGUCAUGGAUUGAAAGAUUGGGACAAGUUGGAAGAGUUGUUGGGGUGGUACUUGAGAGUGAAUGGGAAUAAGAAUCAUGGGGUUAUAGUUAAAGCCUUUGUUGAUUUGCUUGUUGGAUUGGCUUCUUCUUCUUCUUCUUUUUCUGAUUCUCUCUCUCUCUUUUCUUCUUCUUCUUCUCUGUUAUCUCCAUCAGGUCAGAUGGAGAUUGAUGAGGAAGACAAGUCAGUAACAUCUUAGCCUUCAAUGUAUAAUUUUUAACUUAUUGUUGUAUAAUACUAUUAGGUUAUUCAAAAAAAAAAAUGACAAUGGAACUCAGAGUUUAAUGCUCACUCUGCUUUUUCUUCUCCUCUUUCUCUCUCU